UAAGACUGUCACAGAGUUGUCCCCCUUUUAAGCGCAAAGGUAUCGGUCACUGUUUUCUUUUUGCAAAACUAUUCCCACUGAAGUGACUUUUCGAUGCCAUGGGUUCAGUAUUGCCAGCAGAAGCUCUAAUGCUGAAAUCCGGAUACAAAUCUCAGAGUCGUUCCUUGUCUGAAAUCAUCACCUCGGACAUUCUGCAUAGUUUCCUCUAUGGCCGCUGGAGAAACGUUCUGGGGGAGCACCUUUUCGAGGAGAAGACCAACAGCAUCAGUCCCAAAACUGCCUUCACCGCCGAGGUCCUCGCACAGUCCUUCACCGGUGAGGUGCAGAAGCUGUCGAGUCUGGUCUUACCCAGUGAGGUCAUCAUCGCGCAAAGCUCCAUCCCUGGGGAGGGCCUCGGGAUUUUCUCCAAGACUUGGAUCAAAGCCGGCACCGAAAUGGGCCCCUUCACGGGAAGAGUCACCUCUCCUGAGCACGUGGAUUUACUGAAGAACAAUAAUUUGAUGUGGGAGGUUUUUAACGAAGAUGGGACGGUGCGCUACUUCAUCGACGCCAGUCAGGAAGACCACCGUAGCUGGAUGACCUAUAUCAAGUGCGCUCGCAACGAGCAGGAGCAGAAUCUGGAGGUGGUGCAGAUUGGCAGCAGCAUUUACUACAAGGCUUUAGAGACUAUCCCCCCAGACCAAGAGCUUCUUGUCUGGUAUGGAAAUUCACACAAUACAUUUCUUGGCAUACCUGGAGUUCCCAACACAGAAGAUGAACAGCAGAAAAAAAGUCGAAAUGAGGAUUCACAUCACAGCGACGGCUCCUCUUCCUCCUCCUCCUCCUCGGUGCCUGUAUCCGCCUCAACGAGCCGUAUGCGCUGCGUCAUCUGCCAUCGGGGCUUUAACUCGCGCAGCAACCUGCGCUCGCACAUGCGCAUCCACACGCUGGACAAGCCCUUCGCCUGCCGCUUCUGCAACCGCCGCUUCAGCCAGUCGUCCACGCUGCGCAACCACGUGCGCCUGCACACCGGCGAGCGACCCUACAAGUGUGAGGUGUGCCAGAGCGCCUACUCGCAGCUGGCCGGCCUCCGUGCCCACCAGAAGAGCGCCCGGCACCGGCCGGGGGCCGAGGCCAGCCACCAGGGCUCCUCUCCACCACCCCCUCCUCCUCCUCCGCAUCCUUCUCAUCCAACCCAGCAGAUGGCGCCACCGCCUCCCAUGCCCCACCCUGCCGUGUCCCUCAUCCACCACCACAUCCCUACCAUGGUGCUCUGAUAGACACAUGGAUGGUGUUUUUCGUUUUGUUUUUCUGUUUUCCUCUUCUUCUCCCAGACAAGUCGUCAUGCAAAACAACACUGCACUUUACCGCUCACAGAGAGGAACACGCAAGGAGGCAGCACUCACAAUGUGGGCUGGAGUCAGCCACAUAGACACAGACUGUAUCAGGGGUGAGAGAGAGGCGCUGAUGGCGCUGAGCUCUCUCCAUAGACUGCCUCACGAAUAACCUCAAUCACUUCAUAUAAAGUGGGUACAUCAUAAUCAGUAUGCUACUGUUUUUAAAAUGACCAGGAUCACAGGAGAGUUGAGAGAGAGACUCGGAGAGAAGAUAUAUGUCUUUCAGUGAGUGUUGUUGAUCCUGGAUUUCCUAAAAAAAUGUACAGUUUUAGCACUGUUUAUAAAAAUUCUAAUAGAACAUUGAAUCAGAACGCACAGGAUAACUUAAGCACAAUCAGCCGAGUCCAGUUUUAUAUGGUAGCUACUUAUUUAGGCAUUCUUUUAUUAUGGCAAAUUACAAAGAGUUUUAAAACUCGUAUCCAUAACGCAGUGUCGAUACCCUGGCAUCUCAGGACAAAGUUCUCAUAAAAAAUAAAUCACUAAUUAACACAACCUAAAAGCAGUUAUAAAACAUACUAAAAGUAUUGAAAUGGUCACUUUACUUGUGUUGAACAUUGCAUUUGAUUUAUU